UCGCCAGUCCGCGAGUUGGCACGACGGCGGUGCGUUCGUCGCUUUGAUAUCGACACGGUCGAUAACGCUCCUCUCUUUUUCCUUUCUAUUCCUCUCUUUCUUUUGUCUUCCAAUUCCUCUUUUUUUUUAUUUUGAUCGUUAUCUCCCGAAAAACCUCGUCGAAAAAAUAAAUUUCACGCGCUUGCGGAGAAGGCCGAAAUAACGCAGAACUUCUGCGAUUUUUCGUGCAGAAUCAUCGCCGAAAUCAUCACCACCGUCGUGCCGAUCCCUUCGUUUUUCCGAUAAAAAACGACGACCGUUCGGAGAUAGAAGACAAGACAGUAAGAGGAAGGGAAGAAGACCACUUUCGCUUUCGUCGGAGUGUCACGAUUAUAGUGUGUGUUACGAUUUUUGGACGAACCCUUCGUUGAUCAGUUGGGGACGCAAUCGGCGCGUGAUCUUCCGAUAAUUAGAGGAGAGGUGGCAAUCGCUUGGUGAGUGCGCGAUUGGAUAGGUGGUAAAACGACUUUGGACCCCGGAUAUCCGUCCCACAGACCUGAGGGCAACUGGACACGGCACCAUGUCGAUCAUAAUGCAGUACAUAGACCGGUUCCACGAUAUGCUGGAUAAACAUGCAGACACGAGGACGACUAAUUGGCUAUUGAUGAGCUCGCCCUUUCCCACGUUGUUCAUCUGCCUCUCCUACGUCUACAUCGUCAAGGUGCUCGGGCCGAAGCUCAUGGAGAACCGGAAACCCGUCCAGCUUAAGAACACCUUGAUAGUCUACAACCUGUUCCAAGUGAUCUUCUCCGCAUGGCUGUUCUUUGAGUGCCUGAUGGGCGGAUGGUGGGACCAGUAUAGUUUCCGCUGCCAGCCGGUGGACUAUUCCAACAGCCCCACCGCGAUAAGGAUAGGGAAUUCCGGAUGGCUGACUGGAGACUAUUCUCUAAGAUGUCAACCUGUAAACUACAGCGACAAACCUGAAGUGCUGAGGAUGGUCCACGCAAGCUGGUGGUAUUACUUCUCGAAAUUUACCGAAUUCAUGGACACGAUCUUUUUCGUGCUAAGAAAGAAGAAUAAUCACGUGUCCACGCUGCAUGUGAUCCAUCACGGUUGCAUGCCCAUGUCGGUUUGGUUCGGUGUCAAGUUCACGCCAGGCGGCCACUCGACCUUCUUCGGUUUGUUGAACACCUUCGUCCAUAUCGUGAUGUACACGUAUUAUCUUCUGGCGGCGAUGGGUCCAAAGAUUCAGCCGUUCCUCUGGUGGAAGAAGUACCUGACCGCCUUCCAGAUGCUGCAAUUCAUCGCCAUCAUGGUCCACGCCUUCCAGUUGCUCUUCAUCGAGUGCAACUAUCCCAAGGCGUUCGUCUGGUGGAUCGGCCUGCACGCCGUCAUGUUCCUCUUCCUGUUCAAGGAAUUCUAUCAGCGGAGCUACCAAGAGAAGAGGCCCAGGAAGUCGAACGGCGCGGCGUUGACGAACGGCGUCGCCAAGGGCGAUCACCAUCAGUCGAAGGACAAGCACGCGAACGGCGUCGCGAACGGCGCCGCGAACGGGAUCGCGAACGGCGUCGCCAACGGCGUCGCGAACGGCUCCUCGCCCAGGAGGAGGGAUGCCGCAGAUUAUUACGUGAAAGGCGAAAGCCUAGCGACGGAGCUUAAUCUCCGAAAACCGUUCGCGACGAAAGUCGAGUGACCCUCGAGCGAGCGCAUAGCCUAGUCGAUCUUCUCUCGCCACGACGUCGUGUUUUUCUUUUUCUUCCGCGGAAUCGCCGAAGGAUUACCGGGCCUUCCACCCUCUGUCCCUUCCUUCCCUUUCUUUAUCCUUAAUUUGCUGUAUCAUUAAAAAAAAAAAAAAACACGAAGGGUCGAAGGUCCGCCGAGAUCGACGCAUCUAUCGAAAAAGAAGAAAAAAAAAGAGUACAAAAUUACGUCGCACGUAUUUUCGGCUCGCGGUAUAUACAGCGUCGAUGUACUUUUUUUUAUCGACGAUACCUUCACACGAGCGCGACGGUUCUCCAGCUAGAUCCGGGACAGUCGCGCGCGACCGUAUUCCGGCGACUGACGCAGAAGGAUGCUCGGGCGGAUCGUAUCCUGAUAUACUCCCGCGAUCGCAGACAAAAAACGGGGAAAAAUCGAGCGAUUCACAUCAGACUACGAUACGCUCGGAUGUUGAAUAAUUGUGCGGUUUUCAGUGACCUUGACGAUUAUAAUUCAUGCCACUUACGAGAUAAACGGUUCUCACUGCGGGCGACCGGUUCACGGGCGUCGACUUUGUCUGGCGAUCAGGUCGCGAUCGUGGAAAAAAAGACAGCUAUAGAGUCGUUCUGGAAACGACGUAGACUAAAUUAUAAGAUUUAUAAUUUAAGAUACAAUUUCUGAAUCCCUCAAAGAGACCCAUGACAUUUAUACAGCAUACAUUAUCCUUUUCUGGCUUGCCUUUGAUGACGCUCAUAUAAUUAUAAUCGCGCAUGAGUAACAAACAAACCGCU